AUGGAAUUAGAGAACUCCACACUGUGGCUGCAGAUACAUGUUCGGAACAUCCACAGAGGUCAUGUGUCUGGACGGGUCUGGACGGGUCUGGACGGGUCUGGAUGUGCGGCCUCAGCUUCUGAUGUUAAACACACGGACUCUCCCAGCGAGAACCGAACCCCCAACGUCAUGUAUAAAACCCCUAAUUUCAGAAACCAAAAUCAGCACCCUUUUCAAAACCGAGGACCACAAAUGGGAGGUGGAUUUAAACCACUUGAUCAGGGCAACGCACCGAACCAGGGAACUCCACAGAAACCUCCAGGUUCUAGUCCUCAAUCUGAUAUUCCUUCACCACCACAACAGGCCCCGGACCUUAGGAAAACUAGUAAAGCCUCGGCUCAGCCAACCAAUGCUGUUCAGGUCAGCAACGCAAGUCCCCCUAAACUGCAGUCACCUCAGCCCGGUAACAUUAAUGCAAAGCCAGACCUUGCAUCUCCACAGAAUGAAGCUAAGAAAAAUAAGCAGAAGUCAGGAAUCAGUAACGGGCAGAAAUGGACCGGAGCAGUGAAUAAAGACAGAACGCCACCGCAGGAACCGAAGACUGAAGACAACCAGUCUCCGCCCCGGGAACUGAAAGCAACUUUGUCGUUACUUCGGAAACCCGGGGAGAAGACAUACACUCGGCGACACCGGCUCCACGUUGGUAAUUUGCCAAACGACAUCACAGAGGCCGAGUUCAGGGAGCUAUUUGUGAAGUAUGGAGAGCUCAGUGAAGUUUUCAUCAACCAAAGCAAAGGCUUUGGCUUCAUUAAACUGGAGUCUCGUGCUUUAGCUGAAAUUGCUAAAGCAGAAUUGGAUGAUGUACCCGUGAAAGGCAGGCCGCUAAGGGUGCGGUUUGCUACCCAUCCGGCUUCACUGUCUUUCAGCGAUUUAUCACCAUGUGUCUCCAGUGAACUGCCUGAAGAAGCCCUCUCCCAGUCUGGAACCAUUGAGAGGGCUGUGCUUAUUGAAGAUGACCAUGGACAGUCAACUGGGAAAGGGAUUGUUGAGUUUUCUUUGAAACCAGCUCCACAAAAGGCAUAUGACCCCUGCGACGAUGGCGUCUUUUUGCUCACCUCGUCACCUCGUCCUGUUGGUGUUGAGUCUCUUGAACAGUAUGACGAUGAGGACGGUCUUCCAGAGAAGCUUGCACAGAGGACUCCAAACGACCGGAGGAAACGAGAGCGGCCUCCGCGCCUUGCCCGCCCUGGCACUUUUGAGUCUGAGGAUUCCCAGCGGUGGAAGUCACUGGACGAUAUGGAGGAGCAACAGAGGCAGCAGCUGGAGAAGAACAUCCGUGACGCUCGAAGAAAGCUGGAGGCAGAGAUGGAGGAUGCUUACCAUGAGCAUCAGGAUAACAUGCUCCGACAAGACUCACUUAGACGUCAAGAGGAGAUGAGGCGCAUGGAGGAGAUGCAUAACCAGGAGAUGCAAAAACAAAAGGAGAUCCAGCUCAGGCAGGAGGAGGAACAUCUCAGACGGGACGAGGAGAUGCUGCCACAGGGGGAGAUGGAAGAGCAGAUGAGAAGAAAACGAAAGGAGCCUCACGGGACGGGUGGCUUUAUGGACAAUAGGGGUCCUGAGAUGAGAAUGAAUCCUGGUGGUGGCUUGGGCAUGCCUGACUUGCCACCUGGUUCACCAAACCAGAAAUUUCCUCUGGCUGGAAUGGGCUCUGAUGGACACCAGGGCACGGUGCAUGGCGAAAUGGUAACGUAUCCCCUGAUCCAGGAGAGCCUUGCCCUGGAGAGCGACGAUGACUGCAACUUCUCCUCGGAUGAAAGCGGUGAGGACAGUGACGAAGAACGUUGCCAUUUUGAGUUUCGACUGGAUCCCGCUGAGGAUGCUUGUGAUCAAAGUGAGGAGAACAUUGCUCCUGUAAGGAAAAAAGCACGAUGUCAGCAACCACUGUCAUGGAACACAGAAAGUGAUGGUGAUGCUGUUCCACCACCCCUGCGGUUUCUUCCCGCAAGAGAGCCAGGUGUGCAGUUGAGCACAAGGGACAGCUACACUCCUCUGGACCUCUUCAAGUUGUUCUUUUCAGAGGAUGCUGUGGAAACCCUUUGCCGGAACACCAACAAGCAAGCUGCCAGGAACGCAGCCAGAGGUGCAAAGUACAGAUGGACGGAUGUUGGAGUUGCUGAAUUUUACAGAUACAUUGGACUGAUAUUCUACAUGGCCAUGAUCAAGCUGGAUCACAUAACUGACUACUGGCGAAAAAACAGCAUCUUUUCCAUCCUUUUCCCGUCACAGGUGAUGUCAAGGGACAGAUACCGGUCCAUAUCCUGGAAUGUGCACAUGAGUGACCCGGAUGAGGACAGAGUGAAUGAUGACAAGAAGGGAACCUCAGAGCAUGACAGACUGUUCCGGGUCAAACCCCUCAUGUGCACGAUUCAGACCGCCUGCAAGGCAUUCUAUCAUCCCUGUAGGAAUCUUGCUGUGGAUGAACGUAUGGUGCCUUGCAAAGGACAUACUGGCAUGACACAGUACAUGAAAGACAAACCGACCAAGUGGGGUUUCAAGUUGUUUGUGCUGGCAGACUCCAGCAAUGGGUACACUGUGGACUUCUCUGUAUACACUGGAAAAAACAACUUCCCCACAGGCCAGGGGCUCUCUUAUGACUCUGUCAUGUCACUGAUUGACAAGAGGUAUUUGGGGUCUGGAUACCAUGUGUACAUGGACAAUUUCUAUACAAGCCCAAAGCUUUUCAAGGACUUGUUUGCUAUUAAGUUUGGUGCUUGUGGAACAUACAGAGAGUCCAGGGGGGACUUUCCUCGUACUGCUGUCAAUGCAUUGACAAAGAAGUCACCUAGAGGAACGUUCCGCUGGAUAAGGGACGGUCCUCUUCUCUUUGUGAAGUGGAUGGACACGCGAGAGGUUUCUGUCUGCUCCACCAUCCAUACAGCCUACACUGGGGAUACAGUACAGAGAAGACUGAAAUCCAGACAGGGUGUCUGGAGCACAGAGUCCUUUCCAUGCCCCUCACCAGUGGUGGAAUACAACAAGCUCAUGGGAGGCGUGGAUUUGUCAGACCAGCUUAUCCAGUAUUACACAACACAGCACAAAACCUUGAAGUGGUACAGGAAACUCUUUCUUCACUUCCUGGACAUCGCCGCGACCAAUGCCUACAUUCUCCACAAAGAACUCCUGCAAAAGGACAGCAUGACCCACAAGGCUUUCAUGGAGGAGCUGACUGCACAGCUGUGCGGUGUGACGCAGAAGACACAGAAGACCCCGACAAAGAAAACCACUGGUGGCCAUGUGCCCGUUCCUGGGGCUGAGGUGGUCGCUGACAGCAGGAUGAAGGCCUCCGUCGGCCGCAGGACCUGUGCAUAUUGCAGGAUGCAUAGGGGGAAGAACACAAAAACGCCUUGGAAGUGCAAAGCGUGUGAUGUCUACCUUUGUCUUCAGCCAGACAGAAACUGUUUUGAAGCUUGGCAUCCUGAUCAGGACUGA